AUGUCCUUUAGCAAAGGCGGAUGCGGUUCUUCAGAAACAAUGCUGAGCCAAAAGAUUUCAAGUCGUUCAUGGAGACAGGUUGAUACUGAAAUUAACAAUCCAGCUGACAUUCGUCCAAGUUCAAAUCAUCCUCUUUGCAACCUUCAAGUUAAAGGCACAACUUUGUGGAAUGGACAAGUGUCAGUAAGUCUGUCGUCCUCGGGAAUUACACCCCAAAUGGCUAUCCGACAAUUUAAAGCCAAACUUACACCUUACGAAAUGACUGAGAUUCUCAAAUAUCCUCAUGUCUACUUUAUCGGGCACAAUGCCAAAAAAAGACAAAUGGUAUGUGCCAGUGGUCCAAACUUUGGCUUUGACGAUGAUCAUGGUUCUUACCUUCACACCGCUCAUGAUCACAUUGCAUAUCGAUACGAGGUAUUAAAAAUUAUUGGAAAGGGAAGUUUUGGACAAGUGGUGAAGGCAUUCGAUCACAAAACUAAUACGUUUGUUGGUCUUAAAAUGGUGCGUAAUGAACGGCGCUUCACUAAACAGGCGGCUGAGGAGAUUCGCAUUUUGGAAUUGCUUCGGGAGCAGGAUGUGGACAACAGUCGCAACAUUGUACAUUUGCUAGAGCACUUUACCUUUCGCGAGCACGUUUGCAUGACCUUUGAGUUGCUCAACAUUAACCUCUACGAGUUGAUUAAGAGGAACGAAUUCAAAGGCUUUCCCCUUCCCUUAGUUCGGAAAUUUGCCCACUCCAUCCUCGUUUGCCUGGACAUGCUGCAUCGAAAUAAAAUCAUUCAUUGUGAUUUGAAACCCGAGAAUAUUCUUCUCAAGCAACAGGGUCGAAGUGGCAUUAAAGUGAUUGAUUUUGGUUCCAGCUGUUUCGAGGAUCAAAACAUUUAUACCUACAUUCAGUCCCGAUUUUAUCGUGCACCUGAGGUAAUUCUUGGCUGCAAGUACAACUCGUCUAUUGAUAUUUGGAGCUUCGGAUGCAUUCUUGCGGAGCUAUUAACUGAUGAAGGUGAUCAGCUUGCCUGCAUUCUCGAAGUGCUUGGAAUGCCUCCAGAAAAACUGCUCGAACAGAGUCGUCGGAUGAAGCAUUUCUUCUCUAUCACCUAUGGUUGUCCGCGGUACUGCAUGGAGGUUGACGAGGACAAUAAUGUAAUCCUUCGGCCACGUAAGACUAAACGAGGAAAACUUCGAGACAUUCCGGGUUCCAAAUCCCUCAAAUCGGCUCUCAAAGGUCGUGAGGAUGCUGCCUUCUUAGAUUUUCUUUCUCAGUGCCUCCAAUGGAUGCCUGAGGAUCGGCUAACCCCCAGAGAAGCAUUUCGCCACGAAUGGCUUCGACGCCGCACUCCAAGGGCUCAAGGCAACCGGGGCAUUGCUACACGCUCCAGCAAUACGCGCUGUAAAAACGGUGAAUAUCAACCUGGCCAAAACACGGUGACUUUUGCACACACCUCCUCAGUUUCUGUAAGCCAUGCCAUGGCACAAAGACUUCCACAUCAACAUUCUACUCUUCCUGAGUCGCACUCUCAUUUGGGUGAAUCCAGUAUUGCAGUUUCCGGUCGAAUAAGCCCACCACAGUUGUCUCAGUAUGGCACAACUACACUGAAAAGUUACCUUACAGGAACUCAAUGCCAAAGCACAGCAACAGAAAUGCCGACGACUUUUGCUCUACCUAACCCCCCUCAAAUGGUACAAUUGUCGAAACUAAUUUCGACGCAUCAAUCCGGUACACCAACGGUUACCGGCACUGACGCAUCUCCAGGGGCAGGUGAUAAACGACGCCAAGAAGCUCACAUUCACUAA